AUGAUAUGGGAAGAUUGGACUAAUUUAGAGUCCGAACUCAACCAAAUGUUGAGGGUCAUAGGGGAAAUGGACAAUUUUCAGAAGGCAAACAAAAACGUCCACAAACCUUUGAAAGACUGGAUCUCGAGGCUUGUGGCCUUGACGGAAGCGGUGAACACGAAGAAACCUCCUUUGAGGAAGAGCUGCGCAAAAGUAUCAGAUUUGGUGGGCAAGCUGCAUCAUAUUGCGGUCGGCCACGCGGAGAUUUCGCUGAGGGCAAUGGAGAACAGUAUCCUACUCCCCCCUGUAGCAUCUAGCUCCCCAGAAGCCCCCAACCGGGCAGCUAAAUAUGAUAAGAAGAAGAAAACACGUGAAAACGCGGCGGACCAGGACCCAGGGAGAUGGUUCGAAGCCAAGAUGAAGAAACCUAGGACUAGGAAGCAUGAUGCGGCAGAGGUUAAUGCCAAGCUCCCCCCACCUUCUCGACCCCCCCGACCACCUCGGGGACAAACGUUGAAGAGAGUGAGGGCGAAACCAGAUGCGGUACUGAUCAAGGCAGUGAAAGCGGACGGCGAUGAUCCAACGACCUCUUACGCUACUAUUGCUGCGAGGUUGAAGGAGAAAGUGGACCUCACCUCAAUGGGGGUCACCAUCGAAAGGACGAGGAUGACUAAAGCUGGCAACUUGCUGCUUGAAGUAGGAGGCAAACAACCCGCCCCUAUAGCACUGAGUGAUGCAAUCACGGCAGCUAUAGGAAAUCUAGGAGAAGCAAGUGUGCUCCAGCAAAAGGUAGCGGUUGAGUUCAGAGGUGUUGACGUAACGGCAAAUGAGGAUGACGUUCGUAAUGCGCUGAGGGCUCGCAGCGGCGAGGAACCGUUCAGAAUCGGAAAAAUGAGAAGAUCGCCUGGCGGACAGAAGCAGGUUGAUGCACUCCUCUCACUGAGGGUGGCGGAAGCACUUCUUUUCGAGGGCAGAAUGAAGAUUGGCUGGAGUACCUGUAAGGUGCGCCUUAAGGAGCGCUCCAGUCGGUGCUACAGAUGUCAAGGAUUUGGACACUACGCUGCGAACUGCACUGGUCCAGAUCGCACGAAGACGUGCAUGAGAUGUGGAGAAGAUGGGCAUAUCGCAGUGAGGUGCAACAAGACUCCUUCAUGCCCACUAUGUAGAGACAAUGGUUUCGAGAUGGGCCACAUUUCGGGUGGCGAAGCUUGUGACAGCAGGAAGAAUAAAAAACAUUAG